UUUGUAUGUAGUCUGACUUUCUUUAGACACAUUCUUUAAGCAUUUGAUUUGCAUGACCUUAUCUAUCUAAUAGAAACAAAGCAUAAGUUGAGUAUCCAUCCUAAUCUGCCAGAAAUGCAAGAGUUUCUGGGGAGGUGAUGGCGUUAUCAAAAUAGCCCAGUGAUGGUCCAAAAGUAAGCGUGUGAAGAAGAACCAAAUGGGAUACGUUCAUCCGGACGCGUUUCUGCAGUAGGUUCGAGGUGUAACAUUUUUCUAUGUUACAAACUGUUCACGGCGGAAUGGACUCACCAAAACAAAACGAGACUUUCGCGCUCUUUGGAUGUUCUCUGAAUGGGACUGCAAACGUCAGUGUGGAUGUCGGCGGCAAUGCAACCACCUGUGGUGAUGCUUCCUUGCCGCCCAGAACAGCACAGCCGCGUCAAAAAGACAUGGACUCUGAAAUCGUGCGGAUCCUGCUCUACAGCCUGAUCUUCCUGGUCAGUGUCUUGGGGAACCUGCUCAUCAUCGUGGUGCUGCUGGUCAACAAGCGCAUGCGCACCGUCACCAACACCUUCCUGCUGUCGCUGGCCAUCAGCGACCUGAUGCUGGCCAUCUUCUGCAUGCCCUUCACGCUCAUCCCCAGCCUGCUGGGAGACUUCAUCUUCGGGGCGGCCAUGUGCAAGAUCGUCACCUACCUCAUGGGAGUCUCCGUCAGCAUCUCCACCUUCAGCCUGGUCGCCAUAGCGAUCGAGCGCUACAGCGCCAUCUGCAACCCGCUCAAGUCGCGGGCGUGGCAGACGCGCUCGCACGCCUACAAGGUGAUCGCCGCCACCUGGGCCGUGUCCUUCGUCAUCAUGACGCCGUACCCGGUGUUCAGCGCGCUGCUGGACAUCAGGAGGGAGGACAACACCACGGCGCACAUGUGCCGCCACGAGUGGCCCAAGAGCGGGGUCGAGCAGACCUGGUACAUCCUCCUGCUCUCUGUGCUGUUCUUCAUCCCGGGAGUGGUCAUGAGCAUCGCCUACGGCUUCAUCUCCCGAGAGCUCUACCGCGGCAUUCAGUUUGAGCUCGAGCAGAAGACGGGCCAAUGCGGCGUCAAAAACGGCGUGAGCGCCGCCGGCGCGACAGGUAGCGACGACGGCGACGGCUGCUACAUCCAGGUGUCCAAGCGUCCGCACGCCAUGGAGAUGUCCGCCCUGACGACAACGGCGGCGGCGGCGGCGGCGACAGCGACGGCGACGAAGGGCUCGGCCAAGGCGGAGCGUCCGCGCAGCAACACGUCGGAGGCCAAGCUGCUGGCCAAGAAGCGCGUGAUCCGCAUGCUGGUGGUCAUCGUGGCGCUGUUCUUCGUCUGCUGGAUGCCGCUGUACGCCGUCAACACGUGGAAGGCGUUCGACAUGCGCUCGGCGCACCGGGCCCUCUCCGGCGCGCCCAUCUCCUUCAUCCAGCUGCUCUCGUACACGUCGGCCUGCGUCAACCCCGUCAUCUACUGCUUCAUGAACAAGCGCUUCCGCAAGGCGCUGCUGACCACCUUCGCCUGCUGCUGCCGGCCGUGCCGCCGGAGACGGGGGUGCCGGCGCGGGGGGGCGGGCGGCGGCGGCGGGGGGGGCGCGGGGGGGCUCGGGGGGGAGGAGGACGGCACCGCCAUGGGGGCGUCCAUGUCCAAGUUCACCUACACCACCGUCAGCAGCAUGGGGCCAUGCUGAACGGGGGCGACGAACGCCCCCGAGCAGCACAACCCGUCCUCUUGCUGCCGCACUCUCUCUCUCUCACUCUCUCUCACACACACACACACACACACACACACACAGAUACACUCACACACACACAUACAUAUGCUGCCAUAGAUGAGGGGUGGACAUGGUGCAUCGGUUGGAUAUGGCUUAUGUGAUGGACGAUGGUGAAUGGUAGCCGUGGGCUGUUUGGAGAGGUUGGACUGAGGAUGAAGUGUGGGGGGUUGAUGUAGUUAUCAAAUGGCACUUGUGGCUGAGUAGUGAAUAUGCCUGUAUGUGGUGUACAGUACAUUAAUCUUAUUCCUUAUCCUACUGUAUUUAUUUUUUUUAAUGUUUAUUUGCAUUUAACAGAUACAGUAAUUGCCUUGAGCUUGGGGAAUGGAGCUUCAUUGGUAAACCAUGCUGGGCUACUGUGUCUUUAACUUUGCCAGUCAUGAAACAUAACUAACCAACAGUGGAGAACUGGCACAGCAUAUGUCUUACUUUGGCACUGUGAUAUAUGGCUUUCAUAGUACUUACCGUUGAAUCAUUUUGUUCAUUUGGUAAAUAACGUAGUGGCAGCAUUUGAGAAAAAAAAAAACUAUUGCUACUUGUAAUGUUUUGAUUGUUACAUGUCUUUGCGUUUGUGGUAAUGUACUGUAAUGUCUACACUAUUUAAGCGCUGAAAGCAUUUCUGUGACGUCGUGGACUACAAGUGCCUGCUCUGAACUCUUCUCUAGUCCAUGAUCUGUGACGUUUGGCUCUUGGAGUUGGUGGAAUGUACUGGCUGUCUGUGUCGAUGUCAGUGGGAAUUACAUGGGUUUACGUUCAGCGCUCGACUCUGCGAUUCUUGAGUCCUCUGCAGUUUUUGUCAGAGAUGCAAACCACCAUCACACCACCACCCUUUCUCAGUGUCUAUUUCCCAACCCUGCAUAGAAUUCGAUAUUUGAUAGGAGGCACCUAAUGUAAUCCAAAUGUCCAAAUAUCCUUUGUUACCAAAAUGAUAACGGUUUGAUAUUCUCAUGCUGUUCCCAAGAACAAAAGGGAAUGAAUGCCCCAGACACCGUCUCUCCUUACUCACUCUCUCUAACUCCCCCUUUAAUUGUGACAAAUCACAGAAACUAGCCAUUGUCUCGUGUGUCUUUUUUUUUUUUUUUUGUCUGGGUCUGAAGCAUUAUUGUAGUCGUCCUUUAUGCCUGAUUCCUCUGGUUCAUUCAGCUCUCACGGCAGUGUCUGCCCCUGACCCUUUGCGCUGACUGGCCAAUGAGAAGGGCCGAUAGUGCUCGCCGCGCUUCAGAAGAGCUGUCAUUUUACUCCACGGGCCAAUGAGAAGGGCCGAUAGUGCUCGCCGCGCUUCAGAAGAGCUGUCAUUUUACUCCACGGGCUGAUUUAUGGUCGCUUUUGUGUCUGAGCUCCCGGAGUCCAGGCCCCCGCUUUUUACACAACUUAAUUAAGACGCUCACAGACAGAAAGAAAAAAAAACGUUACCGUGGAGCUGAAUGCACUGCUACGUAAAGGAAACACUCAUUCAUUUCUAUGGGGCCUGUCUUUAAUUUCUCUCUCUCUCUCUUGCUCUGUCAUUCUAUGGUAAAUUGAAAAAGCAUAGAUUUACGACAUCAGAAUGGACCAGAUAGAUUGUGUUCAGAAGCAAAUGAUAUAUCUUUUCCUUAUACAUCUACUACUGUGCAUAACAAGAAUAGAAUUCCCAGAAAUCUUAAUACUAGAAUUUUCACUUGUUUUUAUUUCUUCUACAUGCUUUUACAAUGUUUUCAGCAUACAUUCAAACCAGAAAAUGUAUGCUGACCAAAAAAAAAAAAAAAAAAAGUUCCAGAAAAAGGCUCAGAUAGUAUAAGGCCAUCUGUGCAUUAAUGUCCUCGAAACGGGCAUUUUAGAGAAAGGUUAAAGGGUUAGACAUAUCCCUUUUCAUCCUAUAAUCCUGACCCAUCCGGAGUGAGGAGACAAUGACAGUAAAGCAUGCCCUCUUGGACUAUGGAAGAUAUGCGUAGCCUACUCCCAGCCAAAUCCAAAGCAAUCCGAUGGAGACGGAGGCAGUUAUCGGACCACUCUUAAUUCCGUGAGAUGUCUCUCCACUUCUUCUCAAGCUCCUCCUCUUCACGUGUAGUACUAAUAUCUCAUUCAUUCAGCGUCCUCACUCCACUCAUUUCCACUCUUCCACUCUCAUGUUUGGAUUUUUGCUCAUCGUUUAGAUAAACUGCCUUUAUCCAUCAAAGACCUUCCAAUCCCCCCUAUCCUCUCAAUGGCUGAGAGCCACUUUUCCAAGCAUAUCUCUCUCCCUCUCUCUCUCUCUCUCUCUCUCUCUGCACGGGAAAUGUGUGUUUUUGACGAGGCCUCUUUAAGCUGCGGCGGAGACGUGAGCGCUCAUGUAAACAGAGCAUAGUUUCCAUCAUGGCUUGUUUGACGCAACGCCAGGCGAACUUCACAGCUUCCCACUUUUGAGGCAGCGGCGCAGCCACACAUCACACAGAGCCGAGGUGUGUGUCACACUCCCAUUCAGAGAUUAGCGCCGGCUGAUGAAUAGUGAUGGGGAUUACUGAUUACAUCCUGUUUGACAUCUCGCAAAAUGUAUCGUGGUGCUUGCCAUUGCUAUUGCAGUCAUAGAAGAGACGUAAAACAAUGUGGCCCUGUCCCGUCAUUUGCUUUAGUCAGUCCCAUUAAUAUACAGUAUUACACAAUAUGCUGGACAUGGGGCUAUUGUGUUAAGGUAAAAUUAUUAUUUUCCUUAUUUACCUUAAAUAGAGCAGAUACUGUAUUGUGCAUUCAUAUCUUUACCAUGCCGUCAUGAGUGAAAUCUAGUCUUUUUACUUACUUUUAAUGAAUUGUCUGAAUUGCUAUUGCCUGUACCUAAUUUGUUAAGAGGGGCAAUUGAUUUGUAUUUAUAGCACUGACCCAUCCUGUAAAGACGCAUUGGUCUGGUAAACAAACCAGGCAGCUUGCUUGAUUUGCUCCUCACCCCACUAUUCAUCACAGUCAGGCCAGCUUCCCCUGUGCCAUGUCCCCAGUCCCUGUCAUGAGCGAUGCCCUAAUGACAGAAUUUAAACAUAGACACACGCAGAGCCACCAGACACCUGUUCCACCACUGCA